GAGCGGAGUUUAUGGAGGAAAAAAAGGGCAGCGGCGCAGGGUCCGAACUGCGCUGCACACCACAGCAGACACCAAAACGGAGGCAGUGUCAAGUUAGCCCAUCACAUAAUGACCCAAAGAACAGGGAACACUCUGUGUGGGGAGAUUCUUAUUGGUACCAUAAUGGGAGUCAUGUGGAUCUACUCUUUGUGACAGGAGGCUGGGGGAAAUAAACAGUGCAUCUGUCCCUAAAUCACUUAGCUGUGGGCUGACUAGGAGCUGUGUGUGUCCAGAUAUGAAGACGAGUCUCUCGGGCAUGUCCACCAUUAGCCCUGAGGGGAGGGUACACAUCACAUUACACCACAACGGGACUCAAUUUGUGCCGAAUUCUUACCUGAGCAAAGCUUUUAACAUCACCACAACGAAGCCAUUUGUUGCAAUUUAACCUUCUACAUGGAAAAAGUGAGGCGGAUUAAGGCAUGCAUAAACACGAGGCUGGGGCGCUCCAGGGUAUCUCCCCUAAAACAUCUGUGCCCUUUGUAAUGAGCAGCAUGACAGUAUGGUUUAUUAUGUUCCUGCUCUGCCCCGGUCAACUGAGAGCACAGCUGGGGACUACAGCCAACAUUAAACACAUUGUGAUUGGAAGGUGUUACGAUUACAUCACACUAGUUAACCCCAGCUUGAGGUUGGACUGUGAGGAGAUCUGGAGACAGUUUGAAGAGGCGGUUGUCCGUCAGUCCUCUUGUAAUGUGACGGUGGAGCAUUAUCGUCACAUGUUUUACGCCAUGCCACAGACCUGGCCCUGUGAUAGGUUCCUCUUCUGGAGUAAAACCAGAAUGCUGAUGCACAGCUAUGCAGCUGUUGUACGUCACUUCUGGACCCUGGAGGACACGCUGGCUGGCUACAUGUUCAACGACCUCAUCUGGUGUGGACAAGAGGAAGACUGCGGUUUUGAUUUCAGCUCUUGUCCAGAGUGGUCGGCAUGUACGAAUCAUCCGGUGUAUUCCUUGUGGAGGCAAGCCUCGCAGAAUUUUGCAGAAAUGGCAUGUGGCAACAUCACAGUCUUACUGAAUGGGUCUAUUGUCAACGCCUUCAGUAGGAAAAGCAUGUUUGGAAGUGUUGAACUGGACAGUCUGAACCCACACAGGGUGAAUUAUGUCAACAUAAAGGUGGUGACCAAUCUAGAGGGACCGUUUAUAGAAACAUGUAGUGAAGGAUCCAUUGUGGACCUGAUCCAGAUCCUCCAGUCCAGAGGUUUCCGCUGGACUUGCACAGACAAGGACCAGACCCUGAGGAUCCUUCAGUGUAUCCAGAACCCCCAACAGUCCUCCUGCCAAACAUGUGCAAACAGCCUCUCACACAGAAAGAGCCUCACAUUUCAGUGAAUAACAUGUAUUCUGAUAUUUUUAUUUGAAGGUGGCUACAAUUAAACUGGCUGCUCAAAAGAUUUCCUGAUUUUUUAUUUUUUUUUAUUUAAACCACACACUUGUCAUUGAUCACAUUUCAUUAACACAUUAGGUCAGAGAGUGUCUUGGAGUGCAAAAUGUAUCUACUUCCAAAUUCAAAAGCUUCUGCUUUACUAUUGACUGGAUUAUGUUAAUCGAAUGUGACUGUGUGUGGGAGAAGCACCGCUAAAGCAAAAAUAUCAGCCCAACCUAAUGGCCUCAAAGUGUGUCGUUACCAAUUCUGAAGCCCUGUCUAUGUCAAAAACUAGUUUUUAUGCUUUUGAUGCAUUUUCCUAAAUCAGUGUGUUUAAUCAAAUUACCACACAGCCAAUGGGAUGAAGAAGGGAUGAAUUGGGGUCUAGCAGCUCAUAUUCAACCUGCCAUAUAAGGCCUGCACUAUUUUUAUGACUUCAGCUUAAUCUUCUGUGCAUCAAGAGGUUGGAGUGCUUUUAACCACUUCCUCAAUUUGACUGCAAGCACAGCUCUUCAACUUAUCACAUACACACCCACUCUUAAUAAAAUAUUCCUACAAUAGCUUGAACAUAUAGUUGAAGUACCAAAGGUAAAAUUACUCAAUAUGCAGAAGGGCCCCAUAUAAAAAUAAUGUUUAUUCACUGGAUUAUAAUUAUUGCAUUCAUGUGUUCAAUUGUUGCUUGUAAAAGUGAAGCUAAUUGCAAUUAA